GCUUCCGGCCCGGCCGUUAGAGGGCGGAGCUUCCGCCUGGACUGGGGUGGGCGCGUUCACCUGCUGUGCUGGAGUAACUUUUUUGUAGUUGUUGUCCGGCUGUAGUCACGUGAAAGUGUGGAGUCGAGAGAGUUUUCUGAUUCUCUUUGCAAAGUCAUCUUCUCUGCGGUCGUACAAGCGGUGACUCCGUCAUGCCGAACUCGAGGUCCAGGCCUCGCCGGGGCCCCGGGAAUGGCUCCGGGGCUGCCGGCCGGGACGAGUUGGUGGCGCGGUCCUUGCAGAGCGCUGAACAUUGUCUUGGUGCCCAGGACUUCGGCACUGCUUAUGCCCACUACCUCCUGGUGCUCAGCCUGGCGCCGGAGCUGAAAGACGACGUGAAGGAAACUUUUCAGUAUACACUCUUGAAAUGGGCUGAAGAGCUUGAUGCACUCAGUCGAACACAAGACUUACUUGGUUGCUAUGAGCAGGCCUUGGAACUCUUUCCUGAUGAUGAAGUAAUUUGCAAUAGUAUGGGGGAACAUCUCUUCAGAAUGGGCUUUAGAGAUGAAGCAGCUGGAUAUUUUCAUAAAGCAGUGAAGCUAAACCCUGAUUUCAGUGAUGCAAAGGAGAAUUUUUAUCGUGUCGCAAACUGGCUGGUGGAACGAUGGCACUUUAUCAUGCUUAAUGACACCAAAAGAAAUAUGAUUUAUAAUGCAGCAAUCCAAAAGGCGGUAUGCUCAGGGUUCAAAAGUGUUUUGGACAUUGGAGCGGGAACUGGAAUUCUGAGCAUGUUUGCUAAAAAGGCUGGAGCACAGUCUGUGUAUGCCUGUGAAUUAUCUAAAACCAUGUAUGAACUUGCCUGUGAUGUAGUGGCUGCAAACAAGAUGGAAGCAGGAAUAAAACUUCUACAUAUGAAGUCACUUGACUUAGAAAUUCCAAAACACAUUCCUGAAAGAGUGUCCCUAGUUGUAACCGAAACUGUCGAUGCAGGUUUAUUUGGAGAAGGAAUUGUAGAGAGUUUGAUUCAUGCUUGGGAGCAUUUACUUUUGCAGCCAAAGACCAAAGGUGAAAAUGGUAAUUGUGAUAAGUAUGGGAAAGUUAUACCAGCAAGUGCUGUCAUAUAUGGGAUGGCAGUAGAAUGUGCAGAGAUAAGAAGACAUCAUAGAGUAGGCCUUAAGGAUAUUGUUGGUAUCCAUUUGCCAAAAAAUGUGAAAUUUCAGAGUCCAGCUUAUUCUUAUAUAGAUAAUGAAGAAACAGUUGAACCUUAUACAACUGAAAAGAUGAGUCGAGUUCCUGGAGGAUAUUUGGCUUUGACAGAGUGUUUUGAAAUUAUGAAAGUAGAUUUUAACAAUCUUCAGGAAUUAAAAAGUCUUGCAACUAAAAAACCUGACUCAAUUACUAUUCCUGUUGUUAAAGAAGGCACAUUAGAUGCUGUUGUGGUUUGGUUUGUGCUUCAGCUCGAUGAUGUACACAGUUUAUCCACAAGUCCUAGUGAGGAAACAUGUUGGGAACAGGCUGUUUACCCUGUGCAGGACCUUCCAGACUACUGGAUGAAGCCUGGAGAUCAUGUGACAAUGGAAGUAUCUUGUCAAGACUGUUACCUAAGAAUCCAAAGUAUCAGUGUUUUGAGUUUGGAACAAGAAAUGGAAGUUACAAAAAGUUUUACUAAGGAUACAGACUUACUAUCUUCGGGAAAGGAGGCUGAACUCUGUAGUGCCCUGGCUAACCUUCAGACCAGCAAGCCAGAUGCUGGAGAGCAAAUAUGUGUAUUGGAAUCCACAGAAAUUGCUUUGCUUAAUAACAUCCCAUAUCAUGAAGGCUUUAAAAUGGCAAUGAAGAAGGUAUUCUCUUCAUUGACUCCAGAAAAACUGUGUCAGGUGAUGGAUCCUCACUGUGAGGAUAAUGAAAUGAGCUCAGGAACUGGAAGGCAAAACACUGUGCAGAGCACCUCCGAACCUUUAUAUGUGUUAGAUGUGUCUGAAGGCUUCUCUAUUCUGCCUAUAAUUGCUGGCACACUUGGGCAGGUUAAGCCUUACAGUUCUGUGGAAAAAGACCAGCAUCGUAUUGCUCUGGACCUCAUAUCUGAAGCCAAUCACUUUCCUAAAGGAACACUUGAGUUUUGGCUGAGACAUGUGGAGGAUGAAUCUGCUGUGUUGCAAAGGCCCAAAUCAGACAAGUUGUGGAGCAUAAUCAUACUGGAUGUCAUCGAGCCAUCUGGGCUCAUUCAGCAAGAAAUAAUGGAAAAAGCUGCAAUAUCGAGGUGUUUACUACAGUCUGGAGGCAAGAUCUUUCCUCAGUAUGUGCUAAUGUUUGGGCUGCUGGUGGAAUCACAAACACUGGUAGAAGAGAAUGCUGUUCAAGGACUAGAACGCACCCUUGGGUUAAAUAUAGCACCUUUUAUUAACCAGUUUCAGGUGCCUAUCCGUGUAUUUUUGGACCUGUCUUCAUUGCCCUGUAUACCUUUAAGCAAGCCAGUGGAACUCUUAAGACUAGAUUUAAUGACUCCAUAUUUGAACACCUCCAACAGAGAAGUGAAGGUACACAUUUGUAAAUCUGGACAAGUGACUGCUAUUCCGUUUUGGUACCAUAUGUACCUUGAUGAAGAGAUUCGGUUGGAUACUUCAAGUGAAGCCUCCCACUGGAAACAGGCUGCAGUUGUGUUAGAUACUCCCAUCCAGGUUGAAAUGGGAGAGGAACUUGUUCUUAGUGUUGAGCACCACAAAAGCAAUGUCAGCAUCACAGUGAAACAAUGAGGAGCGGUUUUCUAAUGAAAACUGUUAGAGCGUCAACUGCAAAGUUCUUGUCUGAAUUAGUGGGAUUGUAAUCAUAAAAUGGGUACAUAAAAUUUAAUUCCUUGUAAUUUAAAAAAUAACAUUAAUAAAGUACAUUUAAAAGAUCAUAAAAAUAGCAUUAUUUUAGAAAUAUUAUUGCAGACUUGCUUUCAGGAAAAGAACAAAUCAUUAGUUUUUAAAUUUUUAGGUACUUUAGUUUUACUUGACUCUGUAUGGAUUUCUUUUUGUGUGGGUGGUACUGGGGUUGAACCCAAAGGCACUUUGAUUUGGAUGCUCAAAAGAAAUAUAAUUCUUCCCAUUCUUAGACCUUUGAAAUUGGGAGAUUAUUAUCAUGCCUUUUACAUGCUAUGUUCUUUAUAAGAAAGGCACAAAGAUGAUUCUUUGUUAAGAAAAAAAAACUAUCAUUGUUAUACCACCCAUCUUCUUUUUUUUUAAGUUAAAUUUUAUUUUUUGUAUUUAAGAUACACAACAGAUUUUAGGACACAGAUAAUAAAGAGUUACAGUGAAGUAAAUUAACAUACAUUGUUUUCAGUUACCUAGUUUUUGUUUUAUUUUUGUAGCAAGAGCAGCUAAGACCUCAUACUUCGGGAUUUAUUACCUGCUGUCCUCAUGUUGUACAUUAGAUCACUAGACUUAUUCAUUCUAUAUAUCUGUUCUGUGCCUUCCAUUGUUUGAUUCUGUAUCUCUGUAUAUUUGAAUUUUCUUUUUUUUCUCUUUAAUUUUUUUUUCAGUUGUCAGUGGACCUUUAUUUAUUUAUAUGUGGUGCUGAGAAUUGAACCCAGAGCCUCACACAUGGGAGGCAAGUGCUCUACCACUGAGCCACAACCCCAGUCCCUGUAUAUUUGAAUUUUCAAAUGGCAAGAUGUUAUUCUUCUCAAGGGCUGAAUAGAACUCAUAUAUAAUUCUUCUAGUUUCUUUAUCUAUUCAUGGUUCACAGGCAGUUAGGUUGUUUCCAUCACUUGGCUAUUGUGAAUACUGCUGUGAUUGAUGAACAUGGAAUUGCAGGUAUCAUUAUGAUGGUGAUUUUAUUUUCUUUAGGUGUAUGCCUAGAAGAGGGAUUGCUGGGUCACAUAGUGGUUUUAUUUUAAAUUUCUUUAGCAACUUCCAUACUGUUUUCCGUAAUGGCUAUACGGCUAUAUUGAUUCCCACCAACAGUGUACAACUCCCUGUUCUCCAUAACCUUGUCAGCAUGGUAUCUUUUGACCUUUUGAGAACAGCCAUCCUAAUAAGUAACAGGUGAGUGUUGGUAUCUCAGUAGUUUUAAAUUGCAUUUCCUUAAUUAUAUGGAGAACCUUCUCACAUACAUGCUGCCUAUUUUCAUGUCGUCUUUGUAGACAUGUCUAUUCAGACCUUUUGCCCAUUUUUGAUAAGGUUUUUCUACCAUUGAGUUGACAUUUUAGAUGUUAACCCCUAUUGGAUGUAUUCUUUGCAAAUAUUUUUUCCCAGUCUGUAGGUUGCCAUAUUUUAUUUCCUUUGCUAUGCAUUUUUUUAGCUUAAUGUACAGUUGUUGUCCCUCAGUAGGGGAAGGUUCCAGGACCACCCCCGCAAAUAGGAAUAUGCGAAUACUCAAGUCCCCUUAUGUCAAAUGGUAUAGUAUUUGUAUAUUACCUGCAUAUAUCCUUCCUUAAAUUUUAAAUCAUCUCUAGUUAUAAUCCUAAUACAGUGAAGUAUUAUUUAGUCCUUACACAUAAAUAGUGUAUAUACUGAAAAUACUAGUUAGUUGUUACACCAUUUUGUUCAGGGAAUAAUGGCAAAUACAUGUUCAAUAUAGAUCUGUAGAUGUGGAAUAUAUGAAUUGAAGGGUCUGUUGUUCUAUUUACUUAUUUUUGCUUUUGGCACCUAAUCAUUCCGUAUGAUAUUCAAAGUCAUUGAGCUAUCGUCUUUGUUCUUUCAGGAGUUUUAUACUAAUUUUACAUUUAGAUUUCCUAUACAUUUUGAUUUUUGUGUCUGGUAUAGGAAAGGUUCCUAUUUCAUCCUUUUGUAUGUGGAAAUUCAGUUUUCUCAGCAUAAUUUAUUGACUGUCCUUUUUCCAUUGUGUCAACUUGAUGCCCUUGUCAGAAAUUAUUUAUGGUCUCUGUAUUCUGUUUCACUCAUUUGUGAGUCCAUUUUUAUGCCAGUCCCAUACUGUUUUAUUAUAGCUUUAUAAUAAACACAUAUUUAUUGUAACAAAUUA